AUAAAAUAUUAAUGAGUUGAAAAGAUACUUUUAGAAAGGGAAUAUAAACUAUUCAUGAAGCCAAAUAUGACCUGGAAAUUGCUUAAAUUUGAUGAUGCAAUUAGAAAAUAAUAUAUAUAAUUUUUAAAUCAUUCUUAAUUUUAAAUUAGACUUAAAUUAAGUUUGAUUUGAAAUUUGUAAGUAGUUGUAUUAAAUUGCUUUAUCUGUUUGAAUAAGAAAUGUAAAUAAGAACUAGCUGCUAAACCAGUAAAAUGGACUAUUCCUCUUAUUAAAUUAUUUAAAAGGAGAUGAAUGAGUGA